AUGUCCCAACGUAAAGAAUGGCCUGAAUUGGUUGGACAAACAUUCGAUGUUGCAUCUCAACAAAUUUUAGAAUUUGAUAGCGGUUUAAUGCCAUAUAAUGCAAGGAAUGGAAUUCAAGAUCGAAUGUACAUGCCAAAUCGUGUCGUAUGUGUCACAAAUGAUGAUGAUAUUAUAACGGAAGUUCCAGUUCAUAAUUAUCAAUAA